AUGAUUUCGACUUCACUUUCGCGACCAAGUUUUAUUCAGAGUCAGACAGAUGCCCGCUGGAUCACGCAAAAUGCGUCAAGAACCUCUCGUGUCCUGUCUCGAAAGCCAAUCUCCUCCCUUGGACAACAUCAGUCUUCGCUUGGUCCAACUGCUUCUGGUCUUCUUUCUCUUGGAAGUCGCUACACUCCUUCUUCAUCGGCUGCUUUUGGGAAUUCAGCCGUUGGUGCUAUGGGAGGCGCAACGGUAGUGGGUUUGACAAGUGCCCAAAUGAGUGGACAAUUAUCCAGUGCUGGAGGUCUCGUAGAGAGAGACGCUAACUACCGAUUGGCUGCUGCUAUUGCUGGCACUAGUGGACGGGGCCGACCCCGAGGCAGACGUCCUCUUCGUGGUCAAUUUCCUGUUGUUCCAAUCGAUAUGGUUCGCCAACUAGGGAUUGAACAACAAGUAAUUUUGCAGCCAGCUGCUCCAGUCGCUAUGCGUAACAAGGCUGUUUUAUGUCGUCCCCUUUCGAUGUCCAGAAAGACACAAGCUAAUGUAUUAUUAGGCGAAAUAGAGGUCCAAGUUGAUUCGGACCUCGUUGAUGAUACAUCUCGUGACUUGGAAUCUGAGAUCACUGAUGAUACACAUAUUCUUGUUGAGGAGCCCUUGCGACAAAAAAAACCUGUUGGGACUCAGGCUCAAAAGGAAGGAUCCGCAGUGUAA